AUGUCGUACACUGAGUUGUAUCCCUCCGUAUUGCAAAAGGGGUUGGUGGUUCCUAGACCUAUGGGACCUCCACCUGAUCAUCUGCCUCCAUGGUACAACCCUAAUGCACACUUUCCUUUCCAUGAAGGUGCCCCCGGGAAUGACCUAGAGGGUUGUUACGCUUUAAAGCAUAGGGUUCGUGAACUGAUUGAGAGCAAGAUCUUGUCUUUUAAGGACAUGGGACCGAAUGUGAAGAACAAUCCUCUUCCUCCCCAUGGAAAUCCUGCGGUAAAUGCCAUUGAGGACGCUUCUGUUGGUGUUAAGGUUGAUAAGGUGGAUGAUGUAAAGACUCCUUUGGCAGCAUUCCAUGCCCGAUUGGUGGAAGUUGGCAUGAUUAAUGUUAAUCAUGAAAAUUGUGAAGAGUGUGCCACAUACCCAAAGGGAUGUCAGGUGGUACGAGACAACAUUCAAGAUUUGAUGGAUAAAGGAGUGCUUCAAAUAUCCAGUGCUGUGAAGAACGAAGAUGUGUUGGUAAUUGAACCUUGUUUCAAUGUACCUGAACCAGUUGAAAUCCCAUAUUAUAGUGGUGGAGUGGUUCCAGUGAAUAGAAGUGCAGACGCUGAAGUGACCGAAGCUGUAAGUGAAGACGUCGCCAAUAUUGCAAGAAUGAGCAGAAUGACCCGUAGUGGUCGAAUCUAUACGCCUGAAUUCAAUGUGACUCCUCAAGGGCCGGCCAAUGAAUCAACAGUUAUAGCUCCCACUAAAGAACCCGGAGUAGUCCAAUCCAAAGAUGCUGUGGAAUUCUUGAAGUUAAUCAAGAGAAGUGACUACAAGGUUGUGGACCAAUUGCAUCAAACACCAUCUAAGAUCUUUAUUUUAUCUCUGCUAUUGAACUCCCAAGCCCAUAGGGAGGCUUUGUUGAAGGUGCUUGCUCAAGCUCAUGUAACACAAAGCAUAACAGUAGAUCAAUUUGAUGGAGUAGUGGCAAAUAUCACAACCUGCAAUACUUUGAGCUUCAGUGGAGAGGAAUUACCUGAGGAUGGACAAAAUCACAACCGUGCUCUCCAUAUCUCGGUGAAAUGCAAAGAUGAUUCUUUGGCAAGAGUUUUGGUUGAUACCUGA